CCUUCGGCCCCGAGCGUGCCUGCUCGUACGGUGACCGCGGUAGCCGCCAUGUCCAUCUUUACCCCCACGAACCAGAUCCGCCUCACUAACGUGGCCGUGGUGCGGGCGCGGCGCGGCGGGAAGCGCUUCGAGAUCGCCUGUUACCGUAACAAGGUCCUGGGGUGGCGCAGCGGAGCGGAGAAAGACCUUGACGAGGUCCUGCAGACACACACGGUGUUUGUCAACGUGUCCAAAGGCCAGGUGGCGAAGAAGGAAGAUCUCAUUCGAGCGUUUGGGACAGAUGACCAAACAGAAAUCUGUAAGGUGAUUUUAUCAAAAGGGGAACUGCAGGUAUCAGACAAAGAACGACACACGCAGCUGGAGCAGAUGUUCAGAGACAUCGCGACUAUUGUGGCUGACAAAUGUGUGAACCCAGACACAAAGAGGCCGUACACAGUGAUCCUUAUAGAGAGAGCCAUGAAGGAUAUUCACUACUCUGUCAAACCACACAAAAGCACGAAGCAGCAGGCACUGGAAGUGAUCAGGCAGUUAAAGGAGACCAUGCAAAUUGAACGUGCUCACAUGAGGCUGCGAUUUAUCCUUCCAGCAAAGGAGGGGAAGAAACUAAAAGAGAAGCUUAAGCCACUGAUUAAAGUUAUUGAGAGUGAAGACUUCCAUGAACAGCUGGAAAUCGUGUGCCUUAUUGACCCAGGCUGCUUCAGAGAGAUUGAUGAGCUGAUCCGGAGCGAAACAAAAGGGAAAGGAACACUGGAAGUGCUCAGUCUGAAAGACGUGGAGGAAGGAGAUGAAAAGCUGGAAUGAUGAAAACUCUCUUAUGAACUGACUGGUGUUGGCCACUCUUUUCUGUUAGGCCUUCCUGGUUUUUUCCAGUCUCUUGCAGCCUUCUCUGACACUAAUCCUUUGGGAUUUUUCCAUGCAGCGUGUUUGGGGUUGUUUUAAUCAUUUUACACUUGCUUGGUUUACAAACGUCUUUGCCUGUAGGAACAUUUUGUGUCAGAGUUGCACUAAUGAGGAUUGAGCGAAGAUGUGAUAGAGAAGUUACUCUAGCUUUGGUUUACUUUAAGGGUUGCUAUUGGAGAGUGUUUGACUGAUAAGGUGCCAAUCAUUUUUACUUCAGGUUGUCAGUGUUGAGUGGAAGAUUGCAUCGGUCACUGAGGGGUGGCUUUUGUAUGUGAGGAGAGGAGCUUUAAGAAGAGAGACGUGCAUUUUCUUUAGAAAAAGAGGUGCAGAGUGUCUAAAAACUGGUCUCUUGGCAAUGUGAAAACUGACUUAGACUUCCCUGAUGGGCUGCUUGAGAAUUUAAAUACUUUAAAGGACCCUUCUGAAAGAUUUCCUCACCGGAUAGAACAGUAUUUGCUGACUUAGAAAAAAAUAUUCUGCAAAUAGCUUCUUCACAAAAUAUAUUUAGCUACAUUAAUAAAAAUAAAUUGUCUAUUUAUGUAUUCUAGGUACAGAAAGAAAUAAUUAUUUUCGUUAAUAAUGCAGGAGGUGUCUCUGGCCGUGGCAAUGCUCUUUGGAGGCUGGAGGGGGAGCCUGCGCUCGUGAGCUGUUCUCAAAUGCAUCUUGACCAGGCAGUAGUGGCCUCUGGCCGUUGAGCUUGACAGGCUGUUGUUGGACCGUAAUUCCCCAGUGGGAAGAGUUUGUGUGCGCCCCUUUGCUUUUCAGGGCAGUAGAGAACAAUUCUGGCAGCUGUCCUUUUACCUCUGUCUUUCUAAGCUGCUUUCUAAUACAUGCACAGAAUUCCCAGCCAGCUCUUGCAGCACAGUAUGUAGUUCUUGACAGUUUUGUUCAGUCUUGUCUCAGCUGUGUUAAAUAACUGCUUUUAAUUGAACUUGUGUAUUCCAAAGGACAGGAGAAGAGAGGAUGACAACUGGAGAAGGAGAUACUUAAAAUAGAAAGCACCAUGCAAAGCACCUGUACCUGGGGGACUUAAAGCUAAACUGUAAACCUUUAGCAUUAUUGCCUGUUUCCACACUGCUGGUAGGCAGCAAGCCAGGAGCUGCAGGCCAGCCAAGGGCUAGAUCUCUCUUCCAAAUGAGCGUGUGUUGUGUUCAUUGUUUGCUGUUUACUGAGAGCACUUGACUGCCUGACCCAUGACAACUGAACAGAGCCCUGGUUUGUACUCUUGACAGGGCCUUUUCCUUUGUACCAUUAACAGGUUGUGGAUUUUGUGACAUUUGAGCAGGGAGCGUUGAAGUCACCUGGAGGAGGAGGGGUUUGACAUGUCAGGUGCUGAGGGACUAGGUCCUUAGUCAGAGGCUUCUUCUCGGAAGCUCACUGCUGCAGCAGUCUGUGGGCUGUUGGCUGUGCAAGGUUGGAUAAAAUGUCUUUAGUAACACUUUGGAAGGCCCUGCCACUAGUGAGGCUGAGUUUUGCUGAGGGACAGUGAAACAACCGCUUUAUCCGAUUUAAAAUGCUUUCUCUUGCCCCUAAGGUAAUCUUCUGUGUGUUGAAAUGUUGCCUAGGAAAGUUUAGGGGCAUAAUUCCUGUAUUUGUCAUGUGGACAUGACCUCACUGUGGAGAUCUCUACAUGCAUGGCCAGAUAGUUGAGAUUCCUCGGGUGUACAAACCCUCAACUGCUUGUCUUUCAAAUGGCCAUCUCUUCAUGCAGGCUCGAUGAAGCACUGGAGAUGAUCAUGUUGGUAUUUAGCUUGUGACUGGCUAUUAGCAGCAACAUGCCAUUUAUAAAUCUGCAAAGGAGAUGCUGAGUAAGAGCCUCAGAGGAUAUUUGACAGUCCUGUAUUUCUUUGUUUUCAAUGUUCCACCCCAAGAGCACAGCAGGAUGGCUGCAGGUUAAAGAUCCCGAGUUACAGAAACUUGAUCUCAGCUGAUGUAUGAGCUUGGUGCUGGGAAGGCCAUUUCCUUAGAAAGUCUUUUUCUACAACUCUCUAGUAG